AUGUCCACACCGUCAUCCACAAAUACAGCCAUGGCAGACGUCGAGGCCGGCAAGGUCGCCCAGCCUUUCACCUCGCGAGCUGUCACCUAUCUGCAGUCGCAGAUCGACUCGAAGAAGUGCAACGCCGUCUCCAUCUACGCGUGUUUCCUUACGGGCUUCACGUCAGCCGUGUCCUUUUCCGCAUGCUACAUUUGGUGCGGUUUCCAGACUGGCAACGUCGCACAGCUCGGCAUCGCCGUCGCGCGCAACUUUGACCCCAUCCCCGAGCGUACCUAUGAAUUCAUGAAGCCCGACCAGCAGGCAUUCUGCUCGCUGCUCGCGUUCCUCCUCGGCACCACCCUGGGUCGCGUCGGCGACAUGAUCGGCGCCAAGCGCAGGACAUGGCUGGUCGUGUCCUCGUUCAUCCAGGUGCUCAUGGCCAUGGCGGGUGCCCUGUGUGCCCACUACUCUGGCGAGAGCUCGUACGCAGUGAGCCGCGGCGAGCCCUCUUGGCGCACCCCUCUCGGCAUGGCUGCCCUGGCGUUCAUCUCUUCCUCGAUGGGUCUGCAGGGCAUCAUCGGCAAGCGCGUCGCCUCGCCCAUGAACACCACCGUCGUGCUCACCACCACCUGGGUGGAGAUCUUCAACGACCCCCUCCUGUUCGCAUUCAAGAAGGUCCCCAGCCGCGACAUUCGCGUCCAGGGCGUCGUCUUUCUCAUUCUGGGCUCGUUUGUCAGCCGCGCCAUCAUGGGCAAGAUUGGCUCGGCAGGCACCCUCGGCGUGCUCUGUGGUUUCCGUCUCCUCCAGACCCUGUGGUGGGCCCUCACCCCGAGCGUCGACGACGCCGCAUGA